CAUCACACUAAGUUUACAUGACUAAAAUGAAGUUUACAUGACGUGUAAAUCUCAUUAUUUUUAUCUGUGUACUAACAUUUCUGAGAAGAAACGGAAAAACGCUUUUCUACCUGCAUAUAAUCUUUUGUAAAUACGGGUUUCUACUUCUUGUAGUGGUUUAGAUGAAAAAAAAAUGGAUAAGACAAUUAGUGUGGAUGCACCCUGCUUUUAAUCAGAUGACCUAAAGCAAGAAAAAGGAGGAACUCAUUCGAAUGAGUUACUCGUGAGUAACUCACUCCUAAAACUCGUUUGUUAUCGACCUUGGUCAUUGAGUUUUAAUAUCUAUGCAGCUAAUCUUACGUAUCGUGUGCCAUGUGCCAAAUGAGUUACCUGCAAUGCUUUCUCGAUUACUCGCUGGUUUUCUCCAAGUUCCGGAAAUAACUCUGCUACCCUUUCAGGACGGCUGUUUUCUACAUACACUGCUGGGGACUUGUGUUGAAACAAUUCACAAUCCUCUGGUUGAUCAAGUCGAUAACUUGCGAUGGUCUUGAGGAACAUGAAUACAUGAUCCUAUACUAACUGGUUGAGAAAAUAUAAGUAGCUCGUCCUGAAAGGGUUAAAAUUUUUCAGCAGAAAACCAAAUGUAAUGAUAGCAGUGUUGCCAAGUCUCCAUUACCCCUAAAAUCCACUCACAUUUCACGCUUACUAGCUCUUCCGGCAGUCUCGCAUCUCCUAGGGAUCGAGUUCUGUCCAGGGUUCCCAGCAGAACUGGAAUUCCGAACUCUCAUCAGUGCCGAUUAGCGGUCAUUUUUUUUCAAAAAACUAUCCAAACCUUGUUAUUGGUGUCAUAAACGUCACUUUGGUACCGUCCAGUGUUGCCAGUAUCUCAUGCAACGCAUGCUUCGAUGUUGUUCGAUGUUAUUUUCGAUGUUGAUUUCCCUCAUCUGUAAAAUUCGAUGAAUUUGAUUAAUCGCAACAACUUUAUUCCUCCUUGCAUUCGAGAAAUUUCGAGCCAAGAAUAAUAGUGACUUUCACUCAGGAACGCGUAACGUAUUUCGAACCGAUUCGAUUACUGUCAUUGUCUUAUACUAACACUAUACUUUCCAUCACUUCUCAUCACUUCCGAUUGAUUGGUUGAUUUACUAUACCAUGUUUCCGUUUGGUUUUGGUUUUGUGUUCAAGUAUCUCCCGGUAUCUCUCGCUCUCUGUCUGAGCAUUGUUCCCCUCUCUCUGUGUUUCAGUAGCAUUCGAAACAGCAAUUUUCUAACAGUUUUUCUAUAUCUUUCCCUACAACCCAUUUCCCGAAAACCCCCCAAAAAAACAUCGCCGAUCUACUACCUCCCGCGAACGCCAUCACCUAUCACCUGCACACACUGAAUCAAAACAACUCUCGAAAACCGAAUCUUCCCGUGUUUUCUCUGUUUCCCCGCUGCUGCCCGCCAACGUCGACCAUCCUGCACUGAUGAUGUAACGCCCGUACGAAAACAGAGCUCAAAGCGUCGGCAGUGAACGCGUCGCGCAACGUCCCGGUCGGGCAGCCGCCAAAGCCGCAACCGGAAAAGGGACCGGUCAUGCUGCUCCACGAGCUGUUCACCGAUGCGCACUUCGAGUGCGUCUCGACCGACGGGCUGCAGCACUCCAAGUUCACCGUGGUGGUCCAGGUCGAUGGCCAGCGCUUCGAGGGCACCGGCCCGUCGAAGAAGAUGGCGAAGAAUGCGGCGGCCAAGGCGGCCCUCGCGUCCAUGUGCAACAUCUCGUUCAGCCCGCUGCAGCAGGCCAAGUUCGGGGUGAUGAACACGGCGGCCGGGAUGGGGGCGGGCGGUGCCGGUGGCGGAGGCGGCGUCGGACCCGGCGGGAUCAUCGGCAUGAACGGGGACACGGGCGGGGGCUGCUACGAUCAGCAGAAGAACGUCGAACUGCCGCAGACGUUCGCCGACGCGGUCGGAAAAUUGGUCAUCGAGAAGUUCAACGAAGUCAUGAAGGGCAACGACGUCUACUCAAGAAGAAAGGUUCUGGCCGGAAUCGUCAUGACCCAGGGAUACGACGCCAAGUCUGCAAAGGUCAUCUCGCUGGCCACGGGUACGAAAUGCGUGAGCGGAGAGCACAUGAGCGUCACCGGAUCGGUCAUCAACGAUUCCCACGCGGAAAUCAUCGCCCGCCGAGGGCUGCUGGACUACUUCUACACCCAGCUGGAUCUACACUGCCGACGGCAGGCCAACACUACCACCAACACCACCAAGCCGGCGAUGUUCAACGGAAAUGGUGUGGACGAUUCGGAACAACCGCCGGAAUCCAGCAUCUUCGUCGCCCCGGCGGACGAAAGUUCGCUGUACAAACUGAAGGACGGAAUCCACUUUCAUCUGUACAUCAACACGGCCCCGUGCGGCGAUGCCCGAGUGUUCAGUCCGCACGAGAACGACAACAUGGACGUCGAUAAGCACCCGAAUCGGAAAGCUCGCGGCCAGCUGCGCACCAAGGUGGAAUCGGGCGAAGGGACGAUACCGGUCAAGAGCAGCGAGGGCAUUCAGACGUGGGAUGGUGUCCUGCAGGGGCAGCGUCUGCUGACGAUGUCCUGCUCGGACAAAAUAUCACGCUGGAACGUACUCGGCUUGCAAGGAUCGCUGCUCGCGUCCGUGAUCGAGCCGAUCUAUCUGCACUCGAUCGUGCUGGGCAGCUUGCUGCAUCCGGCGCACAUGUACCGGUAAGAUUCCAGGAGCAAAUAAGACACAUAUGUGGGGCGUCAAAAUUGGGAUAUCGUCGACAUAGUGGAUAUGUGGUCCGUGUGGACUACAAACACGACACAGUCGACAUAGUAGUAGAUUUUUAAAGAUCUCAUGUUUCCAUUAUCAAUCGAUUCGUUCCCUAUUUAUUAGUGCUUUAUGGUGUUUCAGUGUAUACAGUGAGGACCCGAUUUUGUCACUCCCGGGUAGCAUAUUUGGCUAACAAGAUUGGUUUCCUGACAGAAUUGGGGCUUUUUUUAAUUCUAGAUUGAGUUUAAAUAAGGGCGAAAGUAACACGAGAGAGUUCUCUUCAUAGACUCUCUCUUCUUAAAAUAAAAGUGACAAGAUGCAAGUAUGGUUAAAUUUGUUGGUCAUAAAUCGCUAGGUUGCGAUGCAAUCUAGCGUCUAAGUGUAAAAAAGUUCGACUGAAUUUGCAUCUUGUCACUUUAAUUUGCCGAAGAGAGAGUCGAUGAAGAGAACUCUCUCAUGUUACUUUCGCCCUUAUUUAAACUCAAUCUAGAAUUAAUGCUUUAGGUAUAAAACUAGUUCUGAGCUUGUCAAAUAUAAUUGCAGUUUAUGAGGGUUAUCGGGAAUUAUCGAGUCACUUGGCAAUAAAACAUUUGGCAUAACGGCCAUUUAGCAUAAUGGUCAUAAAGAUUAUGCGGAAUGCCCAUUAUUCCAAAUAUCGCUACGUCAAGUGACCUUAUACCAAAUUAUCUAAUGCCAAAUGACUGUAAGCCACAUGUCCCGGUGAAGUGGUUGCUUUGUGUUAAAAUGUGAAUGUUGGGGGCAGAGAAAAAAUGGGAUGACAUGAAUUUGAAACACUGGAAGAACUGAAGAUGUUAAGAACAGUGCUGAAAAUGUAAUUUCGGCAUAUCUAGAUUCAAUCACCCACUGCUCAUUUCAGAAGCUGAACCUGAAAAUAUGGUAUUAGAAAUACUUGUGCGGCUAGCCCAAUUCUACAAGAAAAGUGCCAUUUAAACAGCUAAUCGCGUUCGGUAAUUUUUACCGAAAUCUCAACCGCUGAGCGUUCGGUAAUGGAUUUUUAACGAAAUUCUGUAAAAAACUAACAGAUUUCGGUAACAUGCUAUCGUUUAUCUGUCAAACUCUAACGAACUUCGGUAAAAGUUACUACCUUUACCGAUUUUUUCCUGUAAAACAAACUUAACGGUUGAGAUUUCGGUAAAACAUUACCGAAGUCGGUGAUUUUUUCUAACAGUGUACACGUAUCAAUAAGUUGAUUCAACCAAGAGGUUCAAUCUUCAACUUCAUCCAGAAACACAAUUUGAUGGAAAUAUUGCUAAAUGUAUUGCAUGCAUUUUUAUUGAGGAGAACAUGGAUGAUAAUGUUGAAUCUUGAUACUAUAAUAAAUACUGACCAACCUGCAAAAGCGAGGAUUGAGUUUGGUGGUCAUAUCCUCAAUAUUCCCCCUCCGAAAGAUUGAUCCAACCACCACCACCAUCGAGUUUGACCAAACCAUCAAUAUCAUCCAAGUUCGUCAAACUUUCCUCUCGAUUUGUUUGAUUCAAUCAAUCCAGUAGUGCAAAAGAGUCAGCAGAUUGAGCGAAGACCAUUCCAUCAGUGAGGAAGACAUAGCAAUUCACCAACGUUCAGCGCGUGGUUCACGGCGUUUAUGGUGGCCAGUUCAAUUGAAUUUUAUGGAAUGCUUUGAAAGCAAAAUUCUGGAAAUAAAGUUUCAUGUUUUUGCUUUGUUUAUUAUAUUUACAAUGCAAAAAACAUGACACUUUAUUUCUAGACUUGAUCAUUAGAAAAGUGCAAAUUUCGAUACUUCGCUUGCUUAUUCAAUUCCAUUUAUAAUUAUGAAAACAUAAUUUUUUGAUAGUUUUGGUCAUUUACCACGCCAUAUUCGAUUUUUUUUGUGAGCAUUCAUAAACUCUUUUCUAUUGAACCCAAUCGCUCCGAUUAGCAUGAUGAAUUGUUAAAUAGUAGAUCUAUUUACUAAUUCAUCAUGCUAUUUUUCCUAAUGUCUUGAUGUUUCUUAAUUUUUAACACAAGUUAUGAACUUCUACCGUUGAACCAAAAUAUUUCAUACAAAAUGGAGCUUAAACAAUAAGUAUCAACAGUUAGGUUUGAACAAGUUUCGUUGGUUCCGGGUCAUUUGGCCGAACGCCGUUUGGCCGAAUGCCGUUUGGCCAAAUGCUGUUUGACCGAAAAAUUAAUAAUGAAUUUAAAUGAUCAUGCCACUGUUCUCCGCAUCAGUAUAACUCGAAAGAACAGCGUAUGAUUCAAAGAAGCAAUAAUCUUUGAUAAAAUAUUGGCAGUUUCAAUGCCAACUAAUCCCUCAAUGUCAAAACUAGAAAGAAUAGCCUAUGAUUAAAAGAAGGAAAUGCAUCUUUUGAUCAUAUUGGUAGUUAGAAUGUCAAAAAAUUCCUUCGAUCAUGAUUCGGCCAAACGGCAUUCGUCCAAACGACAAUUCGGCCAGAUGGCAUUCGGCCAAAUGGCGUUCGGCCAAAUGGCCGGUCACCAGUUUUGAUUUUUGCUAAUGUAGUAAAUGCAGUAAAUAUUAUGCUUUUGGUCGAAAUCCGAAGUGACCGAACGUGCGAAAAUUGAUUUUUUACCUACCUAGAAAUGUCGCAAAUCAAUUUGAAUUAGUGAAUAUUGUAGCUCUUAAUUAGCUUAAUGAUGCGCAACAGAAAAACUAGAAUCAAAUUUACUUCGCAGCUGCAUCUUCCUGUUCAUUUUUUACUUUAGACCUGUUCACUUUUUUUGACCUACCCGUGUCACAUCAAAUUAUCAAUCCACAUGCAAAAACAAGCCUUCAGUCAAAAAUUGAGCCAAAUUGAUAAAGGUUUAGAGGUGUAUCAAAUCGAUUUUGUGUUUUUUCGAGCAUUUUCACGAAAAUGUACUCCAAUAUCCAGAAAAUUGCACCGAAAAGGUACAGAAAACACCGUAAAAAUAUAGUUAGAACAAUACUCUACAACUUUGCCGAACCCAAGUAACACAGAAAACAUCUUUGAAAAUGAAAUCUGAAAAAGAUGUUUUAAUAUAGUACUUUAAUCGUAUCUGUACACAUCUUAUGUUGAAAUCAGGUUUAAACUAUGUUUGGCAUUAACAAGUCACUAAAAAAAUCUUAUCAAUCUCACCACACGUUACAGCUACGUAAAUAUAACGUUGAUUAAACUUGAUUUGUGUAUCGUUGUCUUCUUUCAAUUCAAGAUGAUGUGUAAAACAUCAUCAGCACAUAGAUAUAACCUUUAGGCUCAAGUAUGUUACGAUUACGCUAUUUUUACGUAUUCAAUACGGUUAUGUAUAAGUUUAUCAGAUCUCUGUCUCCCCUCACUCACUUAAAUUUAUGAAACAUCAUAUGCACAUAAAACUAAACGAAACUUAACUAUAAUAGCACCCGAAACUCAUAUUUUACUUUGUGCGGACACUUUGAGCACUUACGUGGCGACUAAAACUAACUUAGAACACAAUUUUAGAAACCGCAAAAUUAGACACGAAUUUAUUCAGAUUGAUCCCACGAGCUGCACUCUAACUUUGUUAUUGUUGCACUGAUGUUCAAAACAGGUAUCAAAAACCAAAAAUCACAUCGUUGUGUGCUAUUUGAAAAUGGAUGUUGCAAGUACGUUGCCAAGAUGUUUUUUCAAUGUAUUUCAAUCGAUUCAAGUAGUACUCGACAAACAUGUUGUUGAGAUGUACAAAAAUUGUAGUUUGAACGUUUUCCCAAUAUUUUGAAUACUUUCCUAUCAGGCCUGAUAAAUUACAGUGCUUGCUAAAAGAUUUGACAACUAACGCUUUUAUGAAUGUAUAGCAGUUUGUUCAUCUACAAGUUUUUCUCCGAACAAUUAUUUAUCUGGGAAAAUUUUAAGAUUCAAUGUAAUAAUAUAGUUGCCUUAAUGAUAACGAAUACAAAUUCUACAGUGUAAAAUCACAUUAUUAAUACGUUAUAAUUGAAAAUAUCAUUCUAAAACUUUUUGACGGUACUGUGUCAAGAAUCCACCAUGUUGCAUAUCUGAAAAUGUACUCGAAAAUCUCACAAAAACCAUAGAGAUGACAAAAACCUUCCUUCUUGUUUUUAAUCUGAUGGGAGGCGAAUUAAUUCAUGAAGAGUGAAUGUGUUUAUUUCACUAUAAAUUUUGAGUGGCACAUGUAUUUCAGUCAUAGUGACCGAACAUCGUAAUGGUGAAUUACAAAUGAAAGGUAAGGCUUGACAAUUAUUUUGGGCCAUUACCAAAUAUCACAUGUCACAUUUAUUUCCACAGUGUGCGAUUGACAAAGAAUAAUUUUCCUGCUAGCAAAAAGUAAGUUUUUACGAUGUUACUGAGAACAUAUUCGAUACUUUAUUUUAUGUUAUAAUAAUGUAUUGAAAAACAUCUUUAGUAACAUCAAAGAUGUUUUAUAAGCCGCCAUUUUUUGCGCUUUUUCGGUGAUAUAAGUGUACGAAAAUAGGUUUUUCAUAUUCAAAACAAAACAUGGACGUUUGUAUGAAUCAUGUAAUAUAUACAGUAUUGUAACAAGUUGUGUUACUUGGGAAGACACUACGGUGUUUAAAUUGCUUAUUUCAAAGUUAUUCAACAAUUUUCGUUAAAAAAUCGCGAAAAAAUACAAUAUUUUUACGGUUUUUCAUGUAAAAGUCAUGUAAAUUUACAUUGUUUUAAGUGACUAAUUUAAUUAGAUAUUGCUCCUAUGUGUUACGAACAUUUCGUCCAUACAUCAUUUUAGUGUAGGAAUUCGUUUUCAUUGACUAAUUAUCAAAAGUAUGUCACGUUGAUACUAAAAAUCGCAUAGAGUUGCCAGCACAAAAUUAAACAAAGUUACCCAUGAUUAAAACGUCAUUACAUUUAUUUGUCUCAUCUGCAUCAAUUUCAAAUUGGUGUAGAUGGUUGAGCAUGAGACUGCCGAUUCGAAGAUUCAAGGUUCGAGCCCUGGAAUAGGAUUUUUUGCGUCUCGAUCCAGCUAUAAGUUAAUGAGACUACACUCUGCAUCUCAUUGCAAUUUGGCAUCAUAGCCUUGUUUCGAAACCGUAGAGUGCAUUGUAAGAAUGAAGUUUCCCUUUAUCGUGUAGUUGUGUAGCUUGUGGCUAGAUAGAUGCAAGUAAUCUCCACAGUUGUAUGAUAAAUUUUGCAUCCAGAAGCAGUUCCAUCAUCGUAUUGAAUUGAUUUAGCUAAAUUAAUCGGUAUCAAACAGAUGUCCAAUAUUUCGUCCAGCUGAUCUCGUUGACACGAUUUCUUGUCAACAAGUAAACUAAAUAUCUAGCUAGUCCUGGAAUGGGCUUAAUUGGCAGGUCCCGAUCAUCAUUAUUUGGGAGAUUGCGUGUAAGUCAUGGGCCAUGACUCAUGGCAGAUUCAUCAUCCUAACUGCUACAAAGAAAGAAAAAAAGUUUAUUAUGCAUUUGAGCUUGAACCUGGGACCUUCUGAUCCGCAGGCUCGAGCCUUAUCAUCUGCGCCAUUUCUGAUACUUGAAUCGAAAGACUUUAGAAUACGAUGGCAUGACGUCUUAAUCAUGGGUAACUUUGUUUUAAUUCGUGCUGGCAACUCUCCGCGAUUUUUAGUAUCAACGUGACAUACUUUUGAUAAUUAGUCAUUGAAAACGAAUUCCAACACAAAAACGAUAUAUGGACGAAAUGUUCGUUACACAAAGGAGAAAUAGCUAAUUAAUUUAGUCACGUAAAAUAAUAUAAAAGUACAUGACUUUUAUAUGUAAAAUCGUAAAAAUAUCGUGUUUUUUCAUGAUUUUUCAAUUAAAAUUAUUGAAUAGCUUCGUAAUAAGCAAUUUAAACACCGUAAGAUCUUCGGCAAAGUUGUAGAAUAUUGUACUAACUAUAUCCUAACGGUAUUUUCGGCACCCUUUCGGAGCAAUUUUCUGGAUUUAUGAGUAAAUUUCUGUGAAAACGGUUAAAAAAACACAAAAUCGAUUUGAUACACCUUUAAAUCUUUAUCAAUUUGGCUCAAUUUUGGACUGAAGACUUGUUUUUGCAUGUGGGUUGAUAAUUUGAUGUGUCACGGAGAAUCGGAGAAAAAAAGUUUCAAAGUGAACAGGUCUAUUAUACAUUCAAUGUUUCCAUACUUUCACACUUUUGUUACCGUAGCUUUAUCGCACAUUUAAUGAAUAUUCGAAUGAAUGUUUCUAGCUGCCAAGUGUUCGCUAAAUCCGAUCUCAUCAUCAAAAAUUCUCUAAACAUUGAAAUUUAUGCAUAAAAUUGUACUUUUCCGGAAGUUAGAACAUAUUUAGUAUGUAAAUUGCAUACUUUCAGGCGUUUUCUUAAGAUUUAUUAACUUUAUUCAAACUUAAAUAAUUAAAAAUUGAGCAAACUUGUAAAAGUUUUGCAUAGGUUUUCGCAUUCCAGGGUGGUAAAUUUAAAAGGAACAAAUAUUUUGAGCACUUACAACAAUAUUUCACUGACUGAUCAAUUUUACCCCGAAAGUAAAAUUUUUGAUUUUUUACUUCAAAUGAUAUUUUUUGUAUAGAAAUGAUUUGCAGUAGAAUUUUCAACGUCGUUGACUGAUGAAAACCAUGGUCGUACUUAUUUUAAAGCAUUGAAUUUAUCCAUGUCGAUAAGCUUUCAAAAAUUAUUCGCAAAAACUGCAAAAAGUGAUCAAUUUCACCCGAAAUCACGGUACUGGUCCUGCUGUUUUAAAACUCUCUGAAAGAGCGAAAGAGAUAGAAUUUCGGCGGGAGGUGGUCUAUAGGGCACUGCAUGAAAUUCUCUCCUUCUCUUUCACUCUUACAGAAAUUGUGUAAACAACAAGGCCAAGAAACGUCAAAAUCCCAUAUAAAAUCAAAACAAUGCAGUGAGGGUGUUCCGUUCCUCAAUGCUAAUCCUUCGGGGGGUGAUAGAGGACCAUAAUUGGUGAAAAAAAAUGUUCUAGGGAUAUGGUCAAAUCUCAACUGUUACAGAGUUAUUAAACUUUUAAUGUUUUUGACUAUGCUUGCCGUAAACUACCUACAGGGGAUAGACAACAUUAUCGGGACAGGCAAAAUGUUCACUUCUCAAAAAAAUGUUCAACUAGCUGUAACUUUUCUGAAAAAGCAUAAAAUAUUCUCAAAUUUUUACUGUAAGAUCAUCAACAAGUUGUGUAUAAGGUAAGUCAGAUGCUUUCCAGAGUUCAUUAUAUAAAGUCAUGAAUGGUCAAAAUGGUCAUUGAAACCAGAGAUAUAAUAGUUCAAAGUUGGCUAUCGGAUAAUUUUACCUUUUUCAAGAAUCUUUAUAAAUUUGUGGAACAUGACCCUAUCUUCCCCAAAUUUGGACCACUGAUACACAACCAGUUGAUGAACUAACAGUAAAAAUUUGAGAAUAUUCGAUGCACUUUUCGAAAAGUUACAGCUAGUUGAACAGUUUUUGAGAAAUGAAAAUUUUGCCUGUCCCGAUCAUUUUGUCUAUCCCCUGUAGCUGUAACUCAAGUAAGUUUUGUAGGGCAACAAAGUUCAAAGUUAAUUAUUUUUGACAAGCUUUUGCUUAAUAACUUUUAAAAAAUACGUGAUAAAUUAAAAUUUUGUCUUAAGAAAACUUGUGCGCCUCGACUUGCUUAACAAUUCGUCGUUUGACGUCGAACUCCUAACUCUUAUCGUUUUCAUGCAAUUUUGAUUUUAACACCCUAUUUUCGAUCAAUAAUCUACAUCUGUAAAUGCCACAGAUGAAAACUCACUUAUGCCUGGUUUAGACUGUUCAACUGAAACGAGCAUCCGAGUUGCAAACUUCUCAAACAUGUUCAAUUAAAUGGAAUGACGUGUUUAAACUUAGCAAAUUACUUGGGUGUCUACUUGCAUGAUCUUGAAUGCAUCUCAGUUGAAGCAUGUGUUUACAUUGUUCAACUCGUGCGGUGCGUAAGCAAACUGAAUUGAAUUCAGCUCAUUUGACAGAUGACUUGAAAUCAACUCACAUGAAUCACGGGUUCAGACGGGGCAAGUGAGAUGAUUUCGUUUGACUUGAACAAAAAAGUUGAACAUGUUCAAGUAGAUUAUUGAUUCUAGGUGCAGGCUGAUUAUUGCUGAUGAAAAAUAGAGGUUUUCAUUGGAAGGGAAUUUUGGGGAUUAUUCCAAGAAAAAUGUAGUGGAAGGGGUGAAAUUACAGAAGGAAUUUUAAAAUAUCUAAAGGAGUCACGUAGUUUCGGAAGAAAUCAUUCUGGGAGAGAAUGAGGAUUCAAGAGAUAGGCUUUCGGUAGAAAACUUUAAAUUUAAGAAAGAAUCUGGUGAUUUUGGAAGCAUACUUUAGCUCUGCAGAAUGAUAACAAUUUUUCAAAGUCAUCCCGUAAAUUCUUCAAUGAUCCAUCAAAAGAUUCCUCCAGAUAACCUUUCAAGCAUUCUUCCCACGGUCCUUUCAGGAUUUUCUCCAAGGAUUCCCACAAAUGCUCCUCUACGAAAUCGCCUAAUAAUUUCUCCAGGAAACUUUCCAAAACAUUUUUAGGCAAUCCCUUAGGAAAUAUUCCAGAAAUUCCUCCUAGAAUUUCUUCACAAACUUCGCCAUGGAUUCCUCCAAUGAUUUACCCAGAAAUUUCAACAGAUGUCAUCCCGGCAGUUCGCCAAGGACUCCUUCUGUAUUUGUUUCAAGGAUUCCUCCAGAAAUUCCUCCAAGUAAUGGUCUUUAGGAAUUUCCCUAAGGAAUAUUUCAGCAAUUUAUGAAAGGGUUUCUGUAUGAAAUUCUCCAAUGAUUAUUUCACGAAUUUCUUUGUGGAUCCCUUCAAAAAAUCAUCUAAAGGUUUCUACCAGAAAAUCUUCAAAGACUCCUUCAAACUAUUUUCCAGAGUUUCCUGCAAGGAUUCUUUAAGGCAUUCCUCUUAACAUUUCUUUAUGAAAUUCUUCAACGAAUCCUCCCGGAAAUAUUCUUUCAGCAGGAAUUCCUUGGACCAUUCUUCUCAUAAUUUCUCUAAAAAAUACCUUGGGAAUUUCUUUAACAAUUAUUUGAUCUAAGGGUACCCUCCAAGAACUCUUCGAAAAUUUAUCUGUGCGUUCUUGCAAAAAAUCCUUCAACAACUCAUUCAAGAAUUUCUCCAAAGAUUCGUUCAGGAAUUUUCCCAAGAAAUACUCCUGGAAUUUCUCUUAGAAAUACUUAGAAUACCAGGUAUUCUCCUACGGGUUUUCCCAGAUUCUUGUUCAAAGAAUGUUUCAGACAUUCUUCAAGGAUCCCUCCAGAAAAUUCUCGUAGGCAUUCUUCUGGAUUUUUUCCAAGGAUUCCCCCAAACUAAAACUUAUGGAAUUCUUUCAAAUAUUCUUCGAAAAUUUCUUGACGCAAUCCCUCAGAUAGAAAUUUAUCCAAAAAUGAUACCUGCAGGAAGUUCACGAAGGAAUUCCUCAAAAAAUUCAACCAGCAAUUCCAACAGGAUUUCUUCCGAGAAUUUUUCCAGGAUUUCCUCCUGGAUUUGUUCUCGGAAUUCCUCCCGGAAUUUCCACAGGAAUUUAUCCACGAUAUCCACUUGAAAUUCUUUAAGAAUUCCACCGGGGAUCCCUCCAGAAUUUCGACCAAGCAUAAUCUGUCCUUUUCAUUUCUUCGGGAUCCCUUUUUCUAGCUUCCACCACCACACAGCGUAUUCCUCCAGGUCUUCUACGAUGGCGACAUGCACAGCUAGUGCCUGCCGGUUCUUCUGCGGCCUUACGGGAUGGCGAAGUAACGCAAUGGCGGCAUUCACAGGUCCUUCUGGUCUUCCGGCGGCCGAGUAUGUUGACAGACUCGGUCAGCGGUGGAACUCUACGGAUCUUCCCAACGUAGGGGGGGAGACACUUGAACUCCUACAGAACGGAAGUUCUGUCCAAAAUCAGCGGGGUUCUAUGGAACCGGAUUAACGUAUCAGGAUAAUAUGUAUGUAUAGGUUUGCUGGACGAAGAACCAAUUACCUGAUGUCCUUCUAAAUACGCUUCACUCGCCUUUCCGUCUAUAGGGCUCUGCACGAAAUUGUCACCCUCUCUUUCGCUCUCAUUGAGAUUUAGUAAACAACAAGGCCAGGAAAUGUCAAAAUCCCAUACAAAAUCAAAACAGUGCAGUGCCCUAUAUCUUCAACUCUUUCUUUGCGGGUCACGGUGUGCCAAAAAUCGUUAUUAACAAAUAAAAAUGUCCGCCCAAGUGGCACCCGGCAUUCGAAAGAUAUACUCUUCUAGUAUCUCCUCUGAAAAUUUGAUAAUAUUUCAUCGAGGGAAAUCAAAGUUUUUGUGAUUUGAAAAUUUUGAGUCAUUUCUAUAGGAUUUCCUUAUAUGAGUAAAUAUGCACGCACGGUCUGCCUGAUACCUGUUGGAAACUGCAACUACUAGCAGAGCACCAACACAGGGACUUGCGUUACGAGAAGAAGUACAACUCAAACCGUUUCGUGUGAAACUUAAAUUUAAUGUAUUUCAACGACUUUAACCUAAUAAACAAACUUGCGUACACAACACAACCAACAACCUCGAACGAGCAAAACACACUGCGGUGAAAGAUGACAUUCCAACCUUCGAAGGGUCAGACACCUAUCUCUUUUAUUUGCGUAUCUGCGAGGGGUUGGACACUAACCAAUCUCCAACACUCCUCCUUUGUGUCAACACCUCGCCGCCAAAACUACCUUACUCCUCCUGAAUCACAACUACUUAUAGCUCCUCCUGAAUCCAGUAUCCUUCUCCUCGUCGUUCGCCAACAAAAACAGCUUGAACUCCAUCCAGAAUCGUGCAACGUUCAUGUCCGAAAGAAAUGUCGUAUCCCGCAUCAACCAUGCGGCUCACCGAGAUCACGUUCGCUGCAAGUCCGGGCACAUAGAAAACGUUUUUCAACUUCACAUCGAUUUUCUCGCCUGUCACGCCUCGUUUCGAAAAUUCACAGGUUCCGGUAGCUCUAACCGACACCAUCUUCCCAUCAGCCAAGAAUACGCCUUUCUUACACGGUACUACAUCCUUGAGUUGUUCAAUCUUUCCUGUCAUGUGCAUCGAACUGCCACUGUCAAUCAGCCAUCUUUCCGUUCCAAUACUUUCUUUCGCCGUCGUUGUGAAACACACAUUACGUGAGCCACUUCCCCUCGAACUGCUUGCGGUAACGUGUGGCUCCACACUUUCCAUCCUUUGACCGUCUUCAUCAGUUUGCCUGAUACCUGCCAGUUGUGGACAAUACCGACGAAUAUGUCCUUCUUCAUGACAAUAAUAACAUUCGCGUUUCCAAUACCCAGGCCUUGUUACUUGCUGUUUCGCUGCUCUGAGUGCCGUGUCAUGAUGAAAGACUCCGUCAUCAUUAAACUCGCAACGCCUCCGCCAUUCGUCCAGUAGUUUGCCCUUAACAUACUCCAGCUUCAAUUCUUCUUCAGAUCGACCUUCCAAUGCAGUGAUUAACGGAUUGUACGUCUCUGGCAAACUGGACAGAAGUAUUGCCACAAUCCAAUGCUCUCCCAACUUCUCUCCCAUUCCAAUCAAUCUGUGUACCAAUUCGGAAAUCUCUGUCAGAUGUUUCGACAUGUCUCCUCCUUCGGGUAAUCUCAAUGAACAUAGCUUCCUCAAAACAUGUAUUUUGUUGCAGAGCGAGCCUCGCUCGUGAUACGCUUUCAGCCUUGACCACAUUUCGUUUGCCGUUUCUGCUCCAAUCACAUGAGUUAAUUGGCCGUCAUCUAGUGCCAAACCAAUCGUCGCCCGAGCGGAAGCAUCCUUCGUAACCCAAUUUGCAUCUGCUCCUUCCGGUUUGGGCUCGCUCACUAUUGCCCACAAUCCGUCCUUCACCAGCAAAAGUUCCAUGCGGAACUUCCAGCUGGUCCAGUUAAAGUUGUUCAGCCGCUCCAUCACCACCUUCGUGUCACUCAUUUUCAUUAACUACGUUUUGUCCAGUUCUUCCAAAAAGAAUUUUACAGUCAGUCGAAUAAUUCAAAAUGCACAUACACAACACUGAAAAAAUGUCCCGUGACUCACUUCCAACUUGCAGAACCACUUUGACUCCUUCUCAAUUCUGGGCCAUAACCUGUUGGAAACUGCAACUACUAGCAGAGCACCAACACAGGGACUUGCGUUACGAGAAGAAGUACAACUCAAACCGUUUCGUGUGAAACUUAAAUUUAAUGUAUUUCAACGACUUUAACCUAAUAAACAAACUUGCGUACACAACACAACCAACAACCUCGAACGAGCAAAACACACUGCGGUGAAAGAUGACAUUCCAACCUUCGAAGGGUCAGACACCUAUCUCUUUUAUUUGCGUAUCUGCGAGGGGUUGGACACUAACCAAUCUCCAACAAUACCACUAUUAACAAAUAAAAAUGUACUCCAAUCACACUCGGCGUUCGAAAGAUAUACUGUUCUAGUAUCUUCUCCGAAAAUAUGAAAAUGUUUUAUCGAGGGAAACCAAAGUUUUUACUGUUUGAAGAUUUUCCUAUAUUUUCAUAGAAUUUGCUCAUAUAUGGGAAUUUUGUCAUACGGUGCUCUUCAUAUCUUUAACAAAUACAGUGCCGAUUCGUUCGUUGGAGGCUCGUUAGAUGGGUUGUCUCGAUGGUUGAAUGUUCACUGGUUGGGGCAAAACCCAACUAAAAAGCACUGUCAAUGUCAAAAUCGCUGUCAAAACGAGUUUGACGUCUGACCCCCGUCGCAUCGUAACUCCUAUAUACAGAACGUUUGUGUACGUAUGCGAGUGUUUCGUGACGUAUUUCUCGUCAGUUGCGUGUGUCUAUAGCAUUUGGAUCAGUUGUCAGUUGCCCCAACGAACGAACACGAUUCGCUAAUCGGGGCGCAGUCGUGACCCAACGAGCGAAUCCGGACUGUAAUAACAUCGCAAAACAAAAUUUAAAAAAACUUCGUAUCAUGAGAUGAGGAAAAAAAGAACAGGGUUUUGGAACUUCAGAAGUGUCAUAGUGAAAGAAUUUUCGAAAAAUAUUUGAACGGGACUUCACAGUUGAAGACCGAAGUUUGAAUUGAGAACUUGGGGUGUUCAAUUGAUAUACGCAUUAGAGUUUCUAGGAUCCCAAACCUCUAUUAUUUUUUUUCUCAUCCCAUAACGUGAACUUGUGUUGAACGGUGUCAUGAGUUUCACAAAUUCCAAUAGUACAAUAAAUACUCAAGCAACUUCUCUGAAAACUUGGCAACAUUUUUGCCUUUCUCGUACACCAAGGUGUACCGAAAGGCUAUAUGUUCACUCCAAAAACGAAAAUUUGAUAGAGCCUCCGGAGGGGUCAAGUCUUAUAUACCAAUCGACUCAGCUCGACGAAUUGAGGUGAUGUCUGUGUGUGUGUAUGUGUGUGUGUGUGUGUAUGUGUGUGUACAAAAAAACUCACAUCACUUUUUGGCAGUAAACCUCAUCCGAUUUCAAUGACCGACGGUUCAUUCGACGCGGAAUCUGGUCCCAUUGUUUCCUAUUGAAAAUGGUUCGGAUCGGUUCAGCCGUUCCGGAGAUGUGGCCAUUUAGGUGUUCCGGAACGGUACCCCAGGAAGGGACCAGAUAUGAAAAUGCAUCAAACCUAUGCAUGCGACACAUCAAACCACGGUAUUUUCGAUAACCUGAUGAGCGGUAAGCAGAAAAAUUGUCUAAGACCAUAUCUGAACCGGUAGUGUUCCGGAACCGGUUCCGGGUGUCCCGCCGGAAGUGGCAAAUAUCAAAGUGUACCAAACCCAUGCAUGAGACACAUCAAACCACGGCAUUUUCGAUAACCUGAUGAGCGGUAAGCAGGAAAAUAGUCUCAGACCAUAUCUGAACCGGUAGUGUUCCCGAACCGGUUCUGGGCGUCCCGCUGUAAGUGGCCAAAUAUACAAUUGUACCAAACCCAUGCAAGCGACACAUCAAACCACGGCAUUUUAGAUGACCUGAUGGACAAUGAGCAGGAAAAUCAUCUCAGACCAUAUCUGAACCGGUAGUGUUCCGGAACCGGUUCUAGUCGUCCCGCUGGAAGUGGCCAAAUAUACAAGUGAACCAAACCCAUGCAUGCGACACAUCAAACCACGGCAUUUUCGAUAACCUGAUGAGCGGUAAGCAGAAAAAUAGUCUCAGAUCAUAUCUGAACCGGUAGUGUUCCGAAACCGGUUCUAGGCGUCCCGCUGGAAGUGGCCAAAUAUACAAUUGAACCAAACCCAUGCAUGCGGCACAUCAAACCACGGCAUUUUCGAUAACCUGAUGGAUAAUGAGCAGGAAAAUCAUCUCAGACCAUACCUGAACCGGUAGUGUUCCGGAACCGGUUCUAGGCGUCCCGCUGGAAGUGGCCAAAUAUACAAUUGAACCAAACCCAUACAUGCGACACAUCAAACCACGGCAUUUUCGAUGAUCUGAUGGACAAUGAGCAGGAGAACCAUCUCAGAUCAUAUCUGAACCAGUAGUGUUCCGGAACCCGUUCCGGGGUUCCCACCAAAGUGGUUAAAUCUGAAAGAGAAACAAACCCGUACAUGCGUCACAUCAAAUAGCGGCUUUUUAGAUUACCUAAUGAACGGUCAGCAAGUGUUUCGGAAUCGGUUUUGAGUGGCCGGAAGAGGCCAAAUGUAAAAGUGAACCAAAUCCAGGCAUGUGACACAUCAAAUCGUGGCUUUUGCGAUAACCUGAUGAACAGUUAGCUAGAAAAUAGCCUUACGUCACUGGUAGUGGUCCGGAAUUGGUUCAGAGAGUCCCGUCGAAAUUGUCAAACCCUGCAUGUGACACCUUCAAUUUGCAGCGUUUUUGGUUAACCGAAGAGCAGUUAACAAGACAAUAAUGUUAGACCAUAUUUGGUUCAGCCGGUAGUUACCCGAAAUCAGAUCCGGGUAGUAAAAUGUGAAAUUUAACCAAACCCAUGGAUGCGGUACAUCAAAUCACGACCAGUCUUGUAAACAUUCGACACUUUUUACUACCUUCAUUUCGUUGCCGCAGUCGGGUGUCAGUCGGCUUUGUUACAUUCGUGCGCUAUCGUUACCUCUUACCUACACACAACACGAGCAGUAGAACGAAGACUGAUCACGACUUAUCGACAA